AUGGGACUCGUUACCACACAUCUAAUCAAAGGCGUCGCUGCAGGCAUUGGCCUAGCCUCGGAGGGAUUAGCUGCCCGCAAGGCAAAGAAAGCCCAAAAAGCUCUUGAAGAAGCGGAAUCAUAUGGACCCAAUGAAAAAACAAUCACGACAAACAUUGACCCGGAUUUGCGUGGGAUUUCAGAGCUCGAUUCGCAUCAAAUAAAAAUCUAUGAUGAUGUUCAUGAGCUUCCAACUUCGACCUACCACCAACAACUCCACGAGCUCCCCGCUUCGAGAUAUCACCAAGAUGAUAGCCCAAAAGACCCACCACCGAUUAAUGCCGAGGCAAUCGACGAAACUACCCUUGCGACACAGUUCGCAAGCCAUUAUCCGAUUCCAGUCGAACCCAAUCUACCAGAGGUGGUCUACCGAUUACCAGCCCCGGUUCUCCUCCCACAGCGCAGACCAAAGAACCGCGACCGUGGUUUCCUUCGAGGUUAUGCCCCUGAUCUAGCGCCAUGCGGAAUUGACCAGGAAAUGUUCAUCGAUUUUCUGAACACUGCUGAGAAAGGUUGUCGGGCACAUAGGUGGUUGCAGGCUAUCAACCUGGCAGCCCUUGCAGGACAUGCUAUCCCUUCCGCAAUCGCCGUCGCAGUGGGAAUUGCCAUACACCAGCUUGCGAACUUGUCGAUCGCGGCUGAUGGCCGCCGAAGAACCAACAACUUCUUUGACCAGGCGAACGAAGAAUUCUUCAAGCCUCGUGGUCUAUAUUGUCUUGUCAUGACUUGGUAUCCUGAGGACCCGGAUACUCCAGCCAUGUCAAUGGAUCUCCAGUCCACCAUCGCAAAAGCCACUUUUAGGACUGAUUCACUAGGUCGUCUAGAGCGCAAAUUCAAGAGAUCUGACGGGAAGACAUAUGGGAACAUGUUUCCAGAGGUUGCGCCACUGGUCUUCCCUGAGACGGAAACGGUGGGCGACCAACUAGACCCCCAGGAGAAAUUCCAUAAGAUUAAGAAGAAGAGAGACUUUAUCCAUGGGUACUUGGAUAAGAGAGCUCAGGCGACUUUUGAAGCUGAAAAUCCUAACAGUCAUUUGAAUCAACGGCCGAAGCCUACGUUUGCUUCGCGCUUUGCCGAUCCCAAUCAUCCCGCUAGUAGCGGUGACUUACUCGCUCUCUUGACUGGUGGCUAUAUGAGCAGGAAUGGCCCUGGGGAGGCGAAGGUGGGUGAUGACAGUCUCAUCCGCACUGUGAUAAAGACAGGUUCCGAGAUGUUUGAAUCGAAAGCAUUAUAUUUAGCGAUUGUCAAUCUCCCUACUGAGGAUGAAAUGAAUCAAGCACGAUUGGUGCUGGGUAUGUAG